CAAACAAGAAGCCAGAAGCUGUGAAGCUGAACGUCAGUGUUUCAGGUUUGAGGAGAAAAAAAGGUUUUUGCUGAGCGACAUAAAUUUGGACCUCAGUUUGUAGUCAUGAGUCGCUUCCGUUCAGUGAUAAACAAUGGAAAAAGAGCGGCUGUGGAAAUGGAAGAAACAAAACCAAAGAAGAAGAAGAAGGCACAAAAAGGUUGCCCAGGGAACAGUCCACAGGACACUACACCAGUGUCCACAUAUCACACUUUCCAUGAUCCUGAUAUUGCAUCGCUGCGCUCUCGACUGCUGAACUGGUACGACAAGGAGAAGCGAGAGCUGCCAUGGAGGACUGUGGCUAUGGCAGAACCUGACAUCAAUAUCAGGACAUAUGCAGUAUGGGUUUCAGAAAUAAUGCUGCAACAGACACAAGUUGCCACAGUGAAAGAGUUUUACAACAAAUGGAUGAAGCGGUGGCCUACAGUGCAGGAUCUUGCAGCUGCUACACUGGAGGAUGUAAACCAGAUGUGGGCAGGCCUUGGCUAUUACUCUCGUGGAAAAAGACUGCACGAGGGAGCUCAGAAGGUGGUAUUGGAGUUAAACGGACAGAUGCCUCAGACAGUUGACAGCCUUCUUAAACAGCUACCUGGAGUGGGACGCUACACCGCUGCAGCUGUAGGCUCCAUUGCACUGGGGCAGGUUACUGGAGCUGUGGAUGGGAACGUCAUACGAGUGCUGUGUCGCCUGAGGGCCAUUGGUGCUGACAGCACAAGCCCACCUGUAACAGAUGCUAUGUGGCAUCUGGCAAAUAAGCUGGUGGACCCGGAGAGGCCAGGGGACUUUAACCAGGCCAUGAUGGAGCUCGGAGCUCGAGUCUGUACCCCUAAAGGUGCACUUUGUAGCCAGUGUCCCUUGCAGUCUCACUGCCAUUCUUAUUGCAAGGUUAAUGUCAAACAAGAGAAAAACUCCAAGAAGCUCUUGGGAAAGCGAGACAGUGUGUCAUCAACCUUGCCUGAUAUAGAAGACUGCAUGCACAGUGGGGCGUGUCCGCUGUGUCCCACAGAGCCAUGGAUACAUGAAUUAGGUGUGCAGAACUUCCCCAGAAAGCCAGCAAAGAAGCCCCCCAGAGUGGAGCGCACGCUAACCUGUCUGGUGAUCAGGUCUGACCAGGAGGGAGAGAACGAGUUCCUGCUCACUCAGAGACCAAGCAAAGGAUUGCUGGCUGGAAUGUGGGAAUUUCCGAGCCUUCAACUGGAUGUGGAGAACUCUGAGACAAAACAGAAGGGGGCACUGUGUGCAGAGAUCUGCAGGAUGUUGGGAAUUUGUUUGGCAGAAAGCCUGUUCCAGUAUGUGGGAGAGGUGGUUCACAUCUUCUCUCACAUCCGCCAGACGUACGUGGUUUAUAGUGUGUGUUUGAAGGGUGAUGCUGACACACAGACCAGAAACACACAGUGGCUUUCCAAACCUGCUCUGCAGGGAGCUGCAGUCUCCACAGCAGUCAAAAAGAUUGUCCAGCUUUAUGAAUCCGUGCAGAGCCCAAAUGAACACACCUCAAAGACUGGAAAGCAGCACAGAAACACAGGUAUAAAGAAUGACAAGCGGCUGUCAUCUAAAAAGACCAAAGUAAGUCGAGCUUCUAGUAGAACCACUCAGCUGUCACUCAGCUCCUUCUUCAACACAGCAACAAGGAAAUGAUGGACUUUUACGUGUUUGUGAAGUCGCUAUGCUCCCACACUUAAAUAAUCACUGAGGGUAAGCAGUAAAAGACAUCAUGGGUAAGACAAAGUUAUUGCUCUUACAUCGCUGCAGACAUUUGUAAAUCAGCAGUGGAUUAAAAUAAAAAACUUUUAAUGUUUUAUUUGUGAUACUUUGUGUGACAUUUUGCUAAAAUGACAUUUUAUUGUAUUAAAAGUAUGACUU